AUGACCGGCGAAACCAAGGACAACCUCUUCGUGGCCGUCCGGGCGGCACCCACUCCUUUGUGUCCUACGCGAUGGCCUGGCGCCGAUCAUGAAGCGGAAACAACGCUCCUGCGGACACUGAAGGAUAACAGGGAGAAGUGGCACGUCUAUUUUAAUGACAAGCGGUUCCACAACCAUGCCACUCAUCAUGUCCUCGCCAUUUACGCACUCGGGGCUCCAGGCCCUCUCAUCCAGGCGGCGUACGACAGUAAUGCGGCCUAUCAGCGCCCGGCUUUCAAGUCACCCGACCCAAUUACUGUAAACAAUUUCGUAGACCAUUUAGGCGACGAUACUUAUUAUAACGCGUAUCUCGAGUUCUUUACGGACGUCCUACUGGACAAGGGUAUUUCCGCUACGCUCGAUGAAUUCAUUCUCUCACCGCGCUACAACUACCGUCCGGAGAUUGAAGAACAGGAGAAACAGCCGCGCAUGCUCAGCAGGUUCCUGUCAGGAUUACUUCACCCGUUCAUUCACACCGGAUACGGCGUUGAGUUUGAUCUUAUUAACCAAACAGCUGAAGGUCUCGCACAAGCAGCGAUCCAUGGUGCGCAGUGUGAUCCUGCUGCACCGCAGUCCCGUUUCAGCGCUGCGUCGAACGGACUGGUGUCCAACGGAGUGUCUCGUCUGACAUCCGCAUUGCCUUCCCUUUUGCUCAAUGGCAAUGGGAGCGUGAACGGAAAGACCGCACAGACGCUGGGCGAAAGUGCCUUCACGAUCAUUUCCCGUCUACUCGCGGACCCGGUUACCCAUCUGGAUGCUGGGGGACCUAUUGAGGUCGAAGGGAAAACUCCACAGGAGCUCGAGCAUAUCACAAUUCCACUCAUCAUGAAGGCCUUUACGCAGGCCGGUGAUACUGUUAGGAAGGCUGCCGAUGAGUGGUUGCCAGUUGAAGGACCGGAACCCAGCGAGGACAUCCUGAACCAUAAAAUGGAAGAGAUGAUCUGGGCGAAUGUUGCUUUCUACGCCAUCUGUGGGUGGAAGAAAGACGAGCCAUUCAACGCGGAUUUCUUUAUGAUGCACCUCGUCACCUCUGCACUCUUUCUUCCUAGCUUUCUCGCACCCUCUGUCCUACCAAUGAAGUCUAGAAGGCUGCUCCUCAACGCUUACUUCAGCGUAUCCUUGCUUGCAUGGAUAGGCCGAGGCACACCUGGACUAGCCGUCCGCGACUUCUUUUCCGGUACAGACAAGCAUAUGGUCCCACCCGGACCCAAAUUCGAGCCCCACGCGGAGGCGCUGCCACGCAAUGAUCCGAAGUUGCAGAACACCGCGAAUGUGUGGCUCCCGAUCCUGCAGGCCACGCUCAUCCAUCCUGAUGAGCAUCUCUGCAAAAUCCAGCGCGCUCUGGCACAUUUUGCUGCUAUCUAUGGGCAGCGUCCGAAGGGGUACUGGAAGGAACCCGGAACAGAUAAUCUGGGUUGUAUAGAGGAGCUGGAUGGAACUAUCUUUGCACGCGCGGCUGGUCUUACGGCUCAGAGGCUUGGCUGGAUGACAACCGGAGAGGAGACGGGUAAAUGGGACUUCAAAGGAUUCUUUUGA